AAAAAAAAAAAAAAAAAAAAAAUAGCAAGGCAUUACAAAUUCAAAACAGUAAUGUGGCUUAGUGAUAGAACUUUUUUUUUUUUAAACCCUAUAACUAGAGCUUUGUUUUCUCGAAAAAAAAAAAGGUGUCCUUCUUUUCUAGAUCUAUCCCUUCAUUAAUCCAAGCAUUAGAAAAAAAUGGAAUACCACCCUGAAAUUGUUGAACAAUUAAUUUUGUGUCCUGGUUGUGGUGCACCCACUCCCCCCAAUGCUGCCAACAUGUGUGUUAACUGUAUCCGUAACGAAGUUGAUAUUACGGAAGGUAUUCCCAAGCAAGCAACACUUCAUUUCUGUCGUAACUGUGAGCGUUAUCUCCAACCUCCCGGUUUAUGGGUCAAUGCCACACUUGAAUCCAGAGAACUUUUAACACUCUGUCUCAAGAAAUUAAAGGGUCUCAGCAAAGUGCGUCUGAUUGAUGCCGGUUUUAUUUGGACAGAACCUCACAGUAAGAGAAUCAAGGUCAAGUUGACCAUUCAAAAGGAAGUCUUUAUCAACACCAUCCUCCAACAAAUCUUUGAGGUCGAGUAUGUUGUUUCAGGUCAACAGUGUGAUGAGUGUACUCGUUUGGCUGCUCAAAACACAUGGAAGGCUGUCGUUCAAUUGCGUCAAAAGGUCGAACACAAGCGUACUUUCUUGUACCUCGAACAAUUGAUUCUUAAACACAACGCACACAAGGAUACCUCAAAUAUUAAGGAGACCAAGGACGGUAUUGAUUUCUACUAUGGUGCUCGUAACCAUGCCAUCAAGAUGGUCGAGUUCUUGUCCAACGUUGUGCCCAUGAAAUACAAGACGAGUGAACAGCUCAUUUCCAAAGAUAUUCACACCAGUGUCAGUAAUUAUAAAUUCACUUACUCUGCUGAAAUUGUCCCAGUGUGUAAAGAUGAUCUUGUGUGUAUUCCCAAAAAGACCUCUCACAGUUUCGGUAACAUCAACCAACUAUUGAUCUGUACACGUAUCAGUAAUUCUAUUCAUUUAUUGGAUGUCAACACACUUCAUGUUGCGGAUGUUUCUACUACACAAUAUUACCGUAACCCUUUCCUCUCCUUGGGAAGUGCCAAGAGUAUGAUUGAAUACUAUGUUUUGGAUGUGGAGCCUUUGGGACCUGUGAAUGGUAAGCGAGUAUUGUGUGAUGUCCAUGUUGCACGUAUGGCUGAUUUUGGUCGUAACGAUGAACAGUUCAUUGCUCGUUCUCACCUUGGAGCGAUUUUGAGUCCUGGAGACACUGUGAUGGGUUACGAUCUUGCCCGUGCCAAUUUUAACAAUGAAGAUUUUGAUAAACUCAGUGCUCAAAACUUGCCUGAUGUUGUGCUUGUGCGUAAAGCAUUCCCUGCUCGUAGAAAGAAGACUAGACAAAGAAACUGGAAGAUUCAACAACUUGGUAAAGAAGUGGAUGAGAUGUUACCCCGUAAGCAAGAACAAGCCAAGAUUGAGAACGAUAUGGAACUCUUUAUGCGUGAUAUUGAAGAAGAUCCCGAGUUCAGAUCCACCAUCAAUAUCUUUAAGGAUCAAAAUGCUGCUAAUGCCCCUGCUGCUGAAGAGAAUGAUGAAAUGACAGAUAACGAGGAUAACUCAGAUGAAGAAUUCCCAGAGAUUUCCUUGGAAGAGAUGAUGGAUGAAAUGGCCAUCAAUAUGGAUGAUCCUGAUCACCAAGAUGAAGAUGAGGAUAUGAUGCAAAUGUAAUCAUUUUUCUCUCUUUCUUUUUACUUUAUUAAUAUCUGCACACACACACACACUUUUUUUUUUUUUGUAUUCUUUUUUUUUAAAAAAUAUCUCCCAUUCAUUCUAGAUUGUAAUAUAUACAAGAAAAAUAAAAUAAAAAAAAAAAAAAAUUACAAAAAAAAAAUUAAGAAUCGUUUGUUUUAUUAGUCAUAUCUUGAUUGUUACUAGUGCUGUCAUCGCUUGCACCAGCUGCUCUUGU